CUGCAAACUCGCAGCGUUAGCAGCUCAGUGACCCUGGCUGAGUCGAUUGAUUAUUCUACACGCAACACGGCUGGUCAAGAGGGAUCCAGCCACUGGACAGGCGUAGCACUCCGUGAAUGGCAAAACUCCAGCGCCGUUCAUGAAAUAACGGCUUCCGAUACUUGUAGCAUACACGACAAGGGUAAGGGCAAAGAAGUCAGAGAUAUUCAGCAUAAUUCUGCAAUUCUUACCUCACAAGCUACAAGUUCAUCCCCUUCCAACUCCGAGGACAAUGUCAUCUCCGCAAAACUACCAUCGCCCAAUCCCAAUCCCUUUCUUGGUACACGCAACGGAAACAACGGCUCUGUCGCCAAAGAAGGACUGAACGCUUUUCCCAGCGCCAACAACACCUCCUCCGAAGGAGGACAGUCAUAUAAUAUUCCCCGUUAUAAUCCUGGUUAUCGCCAUACUAGCAACUACGGAAUUCCUGCCCCCUAUAGAUAUACACCAUUGCCUCCUCGUACAAACAACACCUAUGUGCCGGAGUACAGCUCAUUCAACAUGUUCACUGGCAAGCGAUUCAACCCAAACCCCACGCAAGGUGUCAAAAGAUCUUAUGAGGAUCACAAGGAUCAGGACGGCCCUAAGGAUAUCGAGCAACACGAGCGAGCGGCCAAGCAAGCAAAAUCCCAAGCUUCAUCCGGACCCAUGAACACGACAUCUAAGUUGCCACCCCAACGUCCAGAUUCACCACCACAGCACCCAUAUGUUCUAUACCAAUGGGACGGCAGCGGAUACGACUUCGUUGCACAUAAAAAGUUCUACCCGGCUGCUUACUACAAAUAUCAUGCCAACGACAACAAUGACGCCAACCACAAUGAGGCGGGAGAUAAGUCUGGCGCCCAGCAGUCUUCUCCUGCGGCCGAGAAGAAGACAGAGACAGAAGUUUAUGAUAUGGAUUCCCCUGGUGCCAACUGUCUCCUUAAGCUAGAUGCCCCAGCUUCCCCCGCCCCUGCGAAUGCAGAUGCAGUGGUGGAAGAAUAUGACGUAGAAGAAUACGACGCGGAAGAAUAUGACGUGGAAGAAUAUGAUGUGGAAGAAUAUGAUGUGGAAGAAUACGACGUGGAAGAACACGACGUGGUUGACGUCGCCGAUGUACCAGGCUCAGACGUUGACGUGCUCACCGAGCUGGAGGGGCCCGACAUUGCUGAGGAGCCUGUUCGCGAGCAGAUCGCCAAUGGCGCUGCAUAUGACGAGGAGGACAAGGAGAACCAAGACGUCGUGGAUGACGGUGACGCAGAGAACUACUACGAAGAUGACAGCGACGACGGAGAAUGCGACAUGAGUUCUUGUCUCGUGUGUGGCAUUUAGUUCACAGCGGCCAAGUGUUGCUGGUUGCAUGUGCCAAUAUCGAUUGACUGCACGGCAGAAUUAAUCUCUCUUUCACAUGUGGACUAUAUACAAUGGUAUAUAUCUAUGUCCAUCUAGAGCUGCAUGAAAAAAAGACAAAACCCUAAAAAAAAAAAAAGAGUUAAAAAGUUUCCGGAUUUCUGCUUUGAUUAUGAUGGAGUUCUUUCAAUUUAACCCCGAUGAAUGGGCGUUGAUGCUAUUGCCAUAGCGCGCUACGGCGCGAACAUGAUGCGAACGCAUUAUGUCCUAGGAGCAUAAGGAGCAUCACAGGAAGCACUGUGAGAGGUCAUGAAGCGCAACCAAAAUGAAGGAAACGAAUUCCUGAAUGGAGGAGCUAGAUAGACAGGGUGGCAGCACAGGGAUGAAGCACAAUGGGCAUGAGCUUGUUAGCUAGGCAGAGUCUUGUGAUGGACCGCUGUAGAUUAGACACGAUCGCGUUGCUCUCAUGCAAAAGGCAAUAAAAGGAGUUGUUUGUUUUUA